AGUACUCUUUUAGAGUUUGUAUAAAUGGAGCGUCAAGAAUCAAGUACUGAGAUAUUUGAAAAGUUCACAUGGAAGAUUGAGAACUUCUCUCGCUUGAAUGCUGAUAAGAUAUGCUCUGAACCUUUCAUCCUUUGCGGCUAUCCAUGGAGGAUUCGCCUGCAUCCAAAGGGGAACAAGAAUAAAGAUGUAGUAGACCACUUAUCAAUUUAUUUGGAGGCUAUGCAAACUGCCAAUAUGUCUGAAGGAUGGAGAAGAUAUGUCAAAUUUAAGUUGAUUGUAUUCAAUCAAAUCGACACCAAUGGAACAAUCACACAAGAAUGCGAACAUGAUUACAUUGCAAAGGAAGUUUCCUGUGGAUUUCGAUAUUUCAUGAGUUUAACUGACCUUCGUAAUCCUCAAAAGGGGUUUAUUGUGAAAGAUGCUUGUAUUGUUGGUGCUGAAGUUUUUGUUUCUAACUCAAAUCGCAAGAAACAAGAAAAUCAAGAAGUUAAAUUAACUGCUUCACCAGUUUUUAAUGAACCUACUAAAAAAGUUGAUGCAGAGUUGGGGUAUACAGCAUUGGGGAGAGUUAUUAUUUUGCUUCAGACUAGUAAAGUGAAAGACAUGAAUGAACAAGCUUGUAAGGAACUUCAAGUUUUAUGGGAUGAACUUAAGAAAUUUAAAUUUGAUCUUACUUGGAUAGAGCCACAAGUUCAAUGUGCUUUAGGAAUGAAAAGGUAUGUGGAGAAGACACUACAGGUUGAAAAAUUGAAGGAGGAUAUGGUAGUUCUAAAGGAAAAGUUGUCUGCUGCUGAGUUAAAUCUUGACAUAGAAAGAGACUGGUUGAAAGCAGAAGGCAUCAAAGAAAGAGAUUUGGAUUCUGAAUUUGGGUCUUGGAUUUGGAGGCCAUAGAUUUAUUGCUAAACAUGGAUUGAUUUAAAUGCAUGAAUCAUGUCUUUUUAAGUAUCUUAUAAAAGAUGAGCUUAUAACUAAACUAUAUUUUAUUUCCUUUGGUAAUUCUUGGAUUAAAAAAAAUUCAUAGUAUGUUUUCCAAUUGCAAUGUGAUUGAUGAACUACGUAUAUUUUAUUGAAAGUAUGUU